AUGCCCAAAGCAGCACGGCGUACCAGCGGCCCCAGCGCCACCUCCAAUCGAACAAACCCCUACCCCAAAACCUCCCCCAAAAACAAGAACAAAAGCGCGACGGACAAAGAGAACGUCGACCCCAACCCAUCCCCCUCUGCCACCACCGCCGCCUCCGACAAAGGCGACUACCGCGCCAUCGAACUCGAAGAGAUCGACGGCGAAAUACCCUGCUACGACAACGCGACCACCGUCCGUCGCAAGCUCAACAAGCUCAUCGCGGACAAAGGUACCAUCCCGGGCUCGAGCAAGAAAUGGAACCAGUCGACCAUGGCAGCCGAGAUGCAAGAGUUGGAGAAGGGUGGACAUCCUGUGGAAUAUAAUAGGAAUGCGAGUGGACCGACAGCGAGGUCGUUGGGGGGAUUCUUGAAGAAGAGUGGGCAGAUGGGUGGAGGGGAUAGUCCAUGCUACUACUGGGGCAAUGCGAUGCUAGAGAAAUUGCGGAUCUACAAUGGGGAGAAAAAGAGCAAGCCGAGGCUGGAGGCUGAGAAACAGUGA